AUGACUUCAGCAGUCGACCUUAGCCCAUUAAAUGCCAACAAACAGUCUGAGGGAGGAUCUGCAAGAACUUUAAAUGAAUUGAUCGAGACUUCCAAAAAGAUUCCUACCAGCUCAUCAGAGCUAGGAUCCAUCCAAUUGAGUGUCAAUGAAAUCAGAAGAAGAGCUCAUGAGCUAAGAAAGAAAAACGCUGUCGAGCACGACCGCACUAAAGCUCAUUAUUUACUCGCAGGGAGUGGGUUGGCUUUUGAAGACGUCGAUACAUCAUUGAAGCAACUUCGUUCCAAACAAUUGAUCGAACAAACUGUUCCCAACAAGCAAAUCGAGGGAGAAGUUGACACUUAUUUACAGACUAAGAAAGAUGAAAACAUUCUGUCUUCGAUCGAGCAUUUAUUAUCCGCAGCAGCCAAAGAUUUUGACAGUUUCGUCAAUCAAAAUCUGAAGCUUGAUUGGGCUCAGCGAAAAGAUGAAGUGAGAGAAAGCUUUGGUAUACUGGUACAAAAGAAAGCCAAAUUGGAUGGUACUGAUGUUGCACCCUUUAAUCCUAAGCUUCCAACAUGGGGUAACAGAGGUUCAAGCAUUCUUAACAGUGGCGCAAGCAGUUUGAAUGUUAAUGAAAAUUACAUGGUGAGGGAAAAGUUUGAGAAAUACGCAAAGGUUAUCCACAGAUUCAACAAUGCUAGGCAGGCAGGGCAAUUAUUUACGUUGAGCAACGAGCUCAUCGGGGUACUUGGGAACUCGAGCGACUCAAAAAAUAGACAAUUGCUCGAAAGCUGGAAAAUUUUGAAUGAGCUUAAGGACAGCAAGGACAUCGUUGCAACUGCAAAGGCAUACCUUCAGAAUCAAUUCUUUGAUUAUGUUAAUUUAUUAUACCAGAAAAACUUAAACGAGGGACUGCCCACAAACAUCAAUAAAAUAAAGUCCUUCAUCCAAUGUAAGCUGAAGAACGCCAAUAGUACCUGGAAGUUAACUAAUUUGACAGUCGUGAAUGGUGUUCCAAUUUGGGCUUUAAUAUUCUACUUGCUCAGGGCUGGUCUGCUGCACGAAGCGUUAGAAGUUGCUGUCACCAAUAAGGCAAGCUUCAAAAAGGUUGAACAGUCCUUCCUGACGUACUUGAAGGCUUACGUCUCCUCCUCAGACAAUCGAUUACCCGUGGAGUUUUCCGCAAGAUUGCAUACAGAAUACACUCAACACAUUAAAAGUUCCUUGGAUGGGGAUCCAUACAGACUGGCCGUUUAUAAGAUCAUCGGAAGAUGCGAUUUAACUCGGAAGAAUAUUCCCGCUGUUACCUUGAGCAUUGAAGAUUGGCUAUGGAUGCAUUUCAUGCUGAUCAAAAAAGACGAGUCUGAUGACGAUCCCGUCUAUGAAAGAUACAGUUUAGAGGAUUUCCAGAACAUCAUUGUUUCAUAUGGACCCGCAACAUCAGCAAAUCAUUACUUACAGAUUCUCAUUAUGAGUGGUCUCUAUGAGUUAGCCGUUCAGUAUGCAUACACGAUAAGUGAGAUUGAUGCAGUACAUUUAGCUAUUGGUCUAGUACACGGUAAUUUGCUAUCCAUCACUUCGAGUCCACAAUCCGGACAAUCAAAUUCAGAAGGUACAGGCGAGUUCUUAGUGAUACGUGAAGGCAAGAGAACAAUCGACUUCGCAAGAAUAUUGGGUAAUUACACUAAAUCCUUCAGAUAUUCGGACCCAAGAAUUGCAGCGGAAUACCUAAUUUUGAUUGCUCUUAAUGGUAGUCAAGAACAGGUGGAAUUGUGCCAUGAAGCUCUGAGGGAACUAAUUCUGGAGACAAAGGAGUUCACCAUUCUACUUGGUAAAAUUAAUAGAGAUGGUACCAGGAUUCCAGGUGUCAUUGAAGAGAGGCUACCUCUAAUGCAUUUAAAAAAUGAAAAGGAUUUCUUGCAUAAAAUUACCGAGAAUGCCGCCAGCAGAGCCGAUGAAGAGGGCAGAAUACACGACUCUCUCCUUCUUUAUCAGCUAUCGGAGGAAUACAACAUUGUUAUCACUAUAGUGAAUGGCAUGCUAAGCGAGCUUCUAAGUAAUACCGAUUUGGAUCAGCCAUUGGUUACCCUUGAUGACAAUAACGAAACUAAUCCAAUUCUGAUGGCCAAGAAGUUAGUGUCAAUAUAUGUGGAAAAUCUCGAAAUCUCCCAAAAAGUUCAUACAAAGAACAAAGAGACGUGUAUCCUAUUCUUGAAACUGGCAGAUGCAAGGAAGACCUAUCAUGCUCGCCAAUGGCAAAAUGCUUUGGCUCAAAUUGAAGAACUUGACAUUCUACCAUUUUCAGAUGAAAUCUCUGCUAGAAAGAAGGCACAAGAGUUCACCACUCUGGAUGACCAGCUAAUCAGGAACAUUCCGAACCUUUUGAUCAUGACGAUGAGUUGCAUAUCUCAUCUUAUUAAUGAUCUGAACAAGAGCGAUUAUAAAUCAGUGGCUAAAACUCAGCAAAUUAAUGCGCUCAAGAGUGUAUCGAAGAACUGCAUGAUAUACGCCGGUAUGAUUCAAUACAAGAUGCCCCGAGAGACAUACAGUACUUUAAUCAGACUGGAUGUCGGCGUAUAA